AUGAAUGAUAAUAUCUAUGUUCAAUUAAGUCGCUAUACCCAACCCGUAUUAAUUAUAUUCGGUACAAUAGGUGCUUUGCUAAAUCAAAUAUUAUUUCAUCGUAGAAAAUUAAUAAAAAAAGCUUCGUGUACAGUUUAUUUGCGAGCUUUAUCAAUCAAUGAUAUUCUUGUAUUAUAUUUAAUUGUAUUAACGCAAUGGUUGAAUGAUCAAUUUCAUUGGGAUCCAAGUGGUACAUAUGUAUGGUUUUGUAAAAUUCGAACAUAUGCAAUGUUUAUUCUAUAUGCUAUGUCGCCCUAUUACAUUGUUUUGGUUUGUAUUGAUCGUUUAUGUCGAACAUCGAAAUAUAGCUCGUUACGCAAAAUUGCGACUCCAUCGAAAGCGCAUCGAAUAAUAAUAAUUACAGUUCUUAUGGUAAUUCUUGCUUAUAGUCAUAUAUUAUUUCAAUAUAAUAUUAAUCGCUCGAAAUGUUUUGCUCGAAAUUUUUCUUAUUAUCACGUUCUUGGCUAUUUUAUUUUAAUCUUCUAUUGUCUUUUACCACCUCUACUAAUGUCAAUAUUUUCCAGUUGGACAUUAAUACUAUUGCAUUGUUAUCGUAGAAAACAAGAAAAACAGUAUCAUCUAAAAAUUAUAUUACCAAGUAAAAACCACCGCUGCAACCGUAACUAUCAAUUACUUAAAAUACUUUUUUUGUAUGUAACAACAACAAUUAUUUGUACAUUACCAUUUUCUAUUCUUAUGCUACUUCAUACGCAUCAAUUCAAUUCGAAUCGUCAAUUAGUAGUGUAUAUCAAAACUGCUGUUCUUCUUUGUAAUGUCAAUCAUUGUACAAGUUUUUAUAUAUAUACAUUGGGAACUCCGUUAUAUCGUCGUGAAUUGUUACAUUUGAUGCAGUCCUUUCGGCGACGUUUUGUUCUCUGGUUGACUCACGUCAAUUAA